AUGUCCAGCUCCGCUCUUGCAUCCUUUGGAUCUCGUCUUUUGCUCAAGCAUCAGGCAAAAUCCUCCCAUCGCUUCUUGUCGACUUCGGCUUCGGGAUUUGACAAGGUCGGUGUGAUCGGUUUGGGUCUAAUGGGCCAUGGUGUGUGUCAAGUAGCAGCGGCAUCCGGUGUGCAUUCCAGUGUGGUGGCUUUUGAGCCCGAACAAAAGUUUUUGGAUCUCGGAAAAGAUCGCAUUGAAAAAUCCAUUGGCAAACUGGUUUCCAAGGGCAAAAUGAGCCAGGAAGAUGCGGACAAAACGCUGGGAAGCAUCCAUUUCACCACGGACAUGUCCGACUUGAAGGAUACAGAUUUCAUUGUGGAGGCUGUCAUUGAAAAUAUGGAUUUAAAGAGAGAUCUGUACACUUCUUUGGGUGCCACCUGUGACGAAAAGACCAUUUUUGCUUCCAAUACUUCGUCCUUGUCCAUUGGUGAAAUGGCACAAUUCUCAGGACGCACUGAUCGGUUUGUGGGUGUUCACUUCUUUAACCCUGUUCAGCUCAUGAAGUUAGUUGAAGUGAUCAAGACUGAUGAGACCGAUCAGGCUGUCUUUGACAAGGCUUAUGCUUGGGUCAAUGAUAUUGGAAAGGUGCCUGUUUCCUGUGGAGAUACACCUGGCUUUAUUGUGAACCGUCUGUUGGUGCCCAGCUUGUUGCAAGCCAUGCUCAUGGUGGAUCGAAAUGAUGCUUCCGUGAAGGAUAUUGAUAUUUCCAUGCAGCUAGGAGCAGGACAUCCCAUGGGACCCCUCCAUUUGGCGGACUACAUUGGUCUUGACACAGCACUCUUUAUUACCCAAGGAUGGGUGGAGAAGUAUCCUGAUGAACCUGCUUUUGUUCUUCCAAAAUGCCUCAAGGAAAAAGUGGAUGCUGGAGAUCUUGGCAGAAAGACAGGCAAAGGAUUCUAUCACUGGGAUGGAGACAAGCGAGGGGACCCAGUGGCCUAG